AUGGCUUUUAAAAAUUUUGUUAUUAAAGUUGCUGUUUUUCUUUUUAUAUUGUUUAAAAUUACUCUUGAGGAAAUACUAACAUGUGGCACUUCAUCAUAUCAAGUAUCAUAUUUUCCAACGUUGUCUUUUGGUAAAAUAAAUUCUACAGAUGGUAAUUUACAAAGUUCUACACCUCAUUUUUAUGUGCCAGGAAAACAUUAUUUUCAAAAUAUGACUUAUUCUCUUACUUCUAAUAAUUUAUGUGAAGCAAAUAGAGAUUCUAAUAAUAAAAAUCAUAAUAAAAAUUUUAAUAAUCAAAAUAAUGUUGUAACUCUUUGUAAAGAUUGUUAUACUUGUCCACAAAAAUUAACAAAAAUUUAUAAUUUACUUCAAGAGAUAGCUAAAGAAAAUAAUAUUAAUUCAUUACUUGUUAUAAUUCCAAAUAUGAAAGAAUAUAAUUUUAAUGUUCGAGGAGUUUCUGAGAUUGCUAUAACAUUUGCUUUUACAUCAGAAAAUAUCAAAGAUGUGUCUGUUUGUGAAUUGACGGAUACCAUUGAAUCUGAUGCAUUGAGAAGUUUCUCUAAAACAUCAGUUCUUUUUGUUUCUAUUUCUUUCAUUAUAUUAAUGGUUAUAUCAUUAGCUUGGUUGGUGUUUUAUUAUAUUCAAAGAUUUCGUUAUGCUCAUGCUAAGGAUAGAUUACAAAGAAGAUUAUUUAAUGCUGCUAAAAAAGCUUUAACAAGAAUACCAACAAAAUCAGUGAAACAUGGUGAUAAAGAAAUGGAAUCAGAAUGUCCUAUUUGUAUUGAUCCAUAUAAUGCUGGUGAUAUUAUUAGAAUUUUACCAUGUGGACAUAUUUAUCAUAAGACAUGUUCAGAAAUAUGGCUACUUGAACAUAGAACAUGUCCUCUAUGUAAAAGUGAUAUUCUUAAAGCAUUUGGUUAUCAUUUAACUGUUGGUGGAAAAAAAAGAGGAAAUCCCCAAAUUACAACCUCUCGUGGAUCACAUGGUCAAAGAACUUUAGAAGAACAUAUUCAUAUAUCUAGAAGAGAAAAUAAUAAUUCAGUUUCAGAGAGAGCCAGUUCAAAUACCUCAAGUGAUAGUAGAAUUUUAGCUGAUGGACAUUCACCAUUAUCUGAUACUGUAAUGUAUCCAUUUUCAGAAAGAAGUGAUAUACAAGAUCCAUUUACAUUUUUAGGAUCAUCAUCACCACAAUUAGUACAAGUAAUAAAUGCCAGUAAUACAAAAAAUUUUCAAUUAAUUCCUUUAGCUGUUCAUAUGGGAACCUCAACAAUAAAAAAAAAAGUAUCAAAUGACUCGAGUCAUCAGGAAUUUGAAGAUAAUCCAAAACGGGUAUUUAAAAAUGAUAAAAAUAUUUUAACAAAAAAUGUUGGUGAUAUAACAAAUAAAAAUGUUGGACAAAAUAUAGAGGGUAAAAAACGGGAAUCGUUUAAUCUUACUGCUACAGAUGUUGAACCAAAAUCAAUGCGUGGAAAAUUUGUUAAUUUAAUUCAUUGCCCAAAUGAAAAACCAUCAUUUCGUUUUAUGUCAAUUGAUGGUUCUUCUCCUACAAUUAAAACAUCCCCUGAAUCAGUAUCUUUAAACAAAAAUAAAUUAGCAAAUUUGGAAGGAUCUUCAGUAUCAUCAACAUCCUCUCUUUUCUCCUCAUCAAGACCAACUGCAACUAUUCGUAGCACUAAUACUGCCUCAUCAUUAUCUUUAAAUAACUCUGAAAAUGAUAUUCUUAGUAUAAUGCCUGGAUUUAUAAAAGAUAUAACACCUAAUUCUUUGAUAGAUGAUGAAUCACCAAUAAAUGGUAUUAGUAAUAUAACGGCAACAGCAAUGAUACAUCAACCACCAAAUCAAAAUAUUCAUAAGAAUGAUUUUUAA